AACUGAAAAUUGACUAAAACCCUCUUCUAGGGUUCCGGCAAUGAACACAAUGCCCCAAAUCCCAAACCUCCGCCUCCUUUUCUCCACCCAAAACCCCUCUUUUCUUCUUUCUUCUCUUAAACCCAAUCAAACCCUCAAAUUCACCCACACCAUCCCACCAAAACCCACCAAAAAUCUUUCUUUUUCUUACCCUUUAUUCACCUGUCUCGCUUCAAGAAAACCCAGUUCAAAAUCUUUCAGUUCCGGGUCUUUGAAACAGAGUGUUAGCAAGGAGAAAAAAGGGGUGUCUUCAAUGGAAGAAAGCAAGAAGCUUGGAAUCAGUGGUGGGUUUAACAAGAAAAGGGCUGAAGGUAGAGAUAAGAGUGGGCCUAAAGAUUUGAAAUUGAAAGUUAGAAGGCUUAAUCCUGUUAAUACCAUAUCUUAUGUUCAGAUUUUAGGAACAGGUAUGGAUACUCAAGACACAUCACCUUCAGUCUUGCUGUUUUUUGAUAAGCAGAGGUUUAUAUUUAAUGCUGGAGAAGGUCUGCAACGAUUUUGUACGGAACAUAAGAUUAAGUUGUCGAAGAUUGAUCACAUAUUUCUUUCACGCGUCUGCUCCGAAACCGCGGGUGGAUUACCAGGUCUUUUAUUGACGUUGGCUGGCACUGGUGAAGAAGGGUUAUCUGUAAAUGUAUGGGGACCGUCGGAAUUUAAGUAUUUAGUUGACGCGAUGAAAUCGUUCAUUCCAAAUGCAGCCAUGGUUCACACGCAUUGCUUCGGUCCAUCACCGACAUCUAAUAGGGUUACAUUGGAUAAUCCCGAAAGAGUUAAUAACCAAAUUAAACUUAUCGAUGAUGAAGUUGUUAAAAUAUCGGCUGUUUUGUUGCGACCUGAAACCCGUGGGCUUAAAGACGCGUCUGCAAUAAAGUCUAGUGAUAUUUCCGUUUUAUAUAUUUGUGAGCUUCCUGAAAUUAGGGGUAAGUUUGACCUUGAAAAGGCCCGAGCACUCGGAUUGAAACCCGGGCCUAAAUAUCGUGAACUACAAGAAGGAAGAUCCGUGAAAUCGGAUUUAAAAGAUAUCAUGGUUCAUCCUGAUGACGUACUUGGACCUUCGGUCCCCGGGCCUAUUGUUCUCCUUGUAGAUUGCCCUACACUCUCUCAUUUUCAAGAACUAUUAUCUAUACAAUCACUAGAUAAUUAUUACGCUGAUAUUUCCGAGGAGAAACACAACGUUGUUAAUUGUGUAAUCCAUUUAAGUCCAUCAUCAGUCGUAAACUCUAGUGAUUAUCAAAAAUGGAUGUCACGAUUUGGUGAGGCAGAGCAUAUUAUUGCAGGACAUCAAACGAAGAAUAUUGAGAUACCGAUUUUGCAAUCUAGUGCACGAAUCGCAGCCAGACUUAAUUAUGUAUGUCCUCAGUUUUUCCCGGCUCCGGGUUUUUGGUCUCUUCAACAAACGAAUCGUUCAAAUGAGGGUGCUGACUUAAAGCUUUGCAAGACCGUUUCUGCUGAAAAUCUCCUCAAGUUUCAUUUACGUCCUUAUGCACAACUUGGACUAGACAGAUCCGGUAUACCAACCAAAGCGGGCCCCACGGAAAUCAUUAACGAACUAAUUUCCGAGAUUCCCGAAAUAUCCGAUGCCGCGAAACAAGUUUUGCAGCUUUGGGACAGGGAAGAAGAAGAUGUGGGUGAGGGGAUAACGUCAACGGAAAGUGACAAGAAUGUAACCGAAGAACCUUGGUUAAAUCAAAAUAUUCUUCCUAGAUGUUUGGAGGAUGUUACACGAGAAAACGUCGAGAUUGUUCUUUUAGGGACCGGUUCAUCUCAACCGUCAAAGUACCGUAAUGUUAGUUCGAUCUUCAUCGAUCUUUUCUCUAAAGGUAGUUUGUUGUUAGAUUGUGGUGAAGGAACAUUGGGUCAGCUGAAAAGAAGAUUUGGUAUUGAAGGCGCGGAUGAAGCUGUUAAAAAAUUAAAAUGUAUAUGGAUUUCACACAUCCAUGCGGAUCACCAUACGGGUUUAGCAAGAAUACUUGCUCUCCGACGUGACUUGCUGAAGGGGUUACCUCACGAACCGUUAGUCGUUGUAGGGCCGAGACAACUUAAACGAUUCCUAGAUGCAUAUGAACGACUCGAAGAUUUAGAUAUGCAGUUUCUAGAUUGUAGGCAUACAACCGAGGCUUCGUUAGCGUCUUUCGAAUCCAAUGACAACAAAGAUGAAAAUACUUUGUUUUCUAAAGGAAGUCCGAUGCAAAGCCUUUGGAAAAAGGCGGUUAAUACUUUGGACGGUAACGUAUCGUAUCCGGUUAUGAAGAAUUUGAAGAAAGUGAUCGGUGAAGCGGGUUUGGAAAACGUGAUUAGUGUUCCUGUUGUGCAUUGCCCUCAAGCGUUUGGGGUGGUUUUGAAAGGUAUGGAUAGAGUUGAUAGUGGCGGGACGAUAAUACCUGGGUGGAAGGUUGUUUAUUCGGGUGACACUAGACCGUGCCCGGAGUUAGUAGAAGCUUCUCAAGGGGCAACGGUUCUCAUUCACGAGGCAACGUUUGAGGAUGCGUUAGUGGAGGAAGCAAUAGCAAGAAACCACAGUACAACCGAAGAAGCCAUUGAAGUUGGGAACUCCGCAGGAGCAUACCGAAUAAUUCUUACACAUUUCAGUCAAAGAUAUCCUAAAAUUCCGGUUUUUGAUCAAAGUUACAUGCAUAAAACAUGCAUUGCUUUUGAUAUGAUGAGCGUCAACUUUGCGGAUUUACAUGUGCUGCCAAAAGUGCUCCCUCACCUUAAACUCCUGUUUAAGAAUGAGAUUGUUGAUGAAUCUGAUGAUGUCGAGGAUGCUGCUGUUACACUUGCUGCCUGAAUGUCGGUCCAAUUUAUGCUAUAACGAAGUUUUCGUACCCAUUUUUUAAGGUUGUUUUUCUAAACUACAUUCUUCAGAACGAAUUACGUACAUAUAGAGAACCGCUUUGAACUUUGUCAGAGAGAAUUGCGACAACAAUUGCUUUAGUA